UGGAUAGCUCUGAAAUACCCCAACAUUGCAAUCUAUGUGGAUACCUGUCGAGAGUGCUAUGAAGCUUAUGUCAUCUAUAAUUUUAUGGUUUUCCUUUCAAAUUACCUAACCAACCGUUACCCAAACCUCGUGUUAAUCAUAGAGGCCAAAGACCAGCAGAGACAUCUGCCCCCUCUGUGCUGCUGCCCGUCGUGGGCCAUGGGAGAAGUUUUAUUAUUUAGGUGCAAACUGGGUGUUCUGCAGUACACUGUUGUCAGACCAUUUACCACCAUUAUUGCUUUGAUCUGUGAGCUGGUGGGGGUGUACGACGAAGGGAACUUCAGCUUCGACAACGCCUGGACCUACCUGGUCAUCCUGAACAACAUGUCCCAGCUGUUUGCCAUGUACUGCCUGGUGCUGUUCUACAAAGUGCUGCGUGAGGAGCUGAACCCCAUCCAACCCGUGGGCAAGUUCCUCUGUGUGAAGAUGGUGGUUUUUGUUUCUUUCUGGCAAGCUGUGCUCAUUGCCCUGCUGGUGAAAGUGGGGGUCAUCUCUGAGAAGCACACCUGGGAGUGGCAGAGUGUGGAAGCUGUGGCCACGGGGCUGCAGGACUUUAUCAUUUGUGUGGAGAUGUUCCUGGCUGCUAUUGCCCAUCACUACAGUUUUUCCUACAAACCCUACGUCCAGGAAGCUGAAGAGGGGUCGUGCUUUGACUCUUUCCUCGCCAUGUGGGAUAUUUCUGAUAUAAGAGCAGAUAUAUCAGAACAGGUUCGAAAUGUUGGAAGGACCGUUUUGGGCCAGCCGAGGAAGAUGUUCUUUGCUGAGGAUCACGAACAAAACGAGCACACAAGUUUACUGUCUUCAUCUACUCAAGACCCCAUUUCUGAUGCUUCUUCCAUGCCAUCUUCCCCCAUGGGCCACUACCAGGGGUUUGGACACACUGUGACACCUCUCACCACACCCACGGCGGCGCCAGCGCCUUCUAAAGUAAUAACGGUUACUACCUGA